AAAAAACAGAGCUGGAUUGCAGAUAACAGUUAGCGCUUAAGUCGCUUGAAACAAAGAAAGAUCAAUCCCCAAUGGCUGCGAAAAGAGAGGAAACUACUUCAGGUAUUAAGUCUCCUUUGUUCACAGCCUAAUAGGAAUCCGAGGUUUGCUUUCGAAUGGCAGUUAUUUUAUUUUUCAUUUUCAUUCUUGAGACAUGUUGUUUUAACCCAUCAUUUUGACGAUUGCUCAGCAUAUUUAUUGAAGACCAACAUACACAUUAUUGCAUGGUAUGCAAGCUUUACCAGUCUCAGCUUAGAAUAAUUUUAGAAAUUACCAGAUAUUCAUUUCACAGGUGAGCCCAAAUACAGCUUCACGCUUAUUUUCAUCUCGAAGAGAUACAAAAAGCCACAACUGAGAAGAAGAAAUUUAAUACCUCAAAAUAACGAACAUGAGAUUGUGAUGCUGAGACUUAUUUUAUCUAUAUUUUUAUAGGUUAUUAUUAUUUGUUUGGAUUAUGAGAAUGAAGACAGUUUAAUGGAAUUGAAAUUAAAUCUCUUUGACACCUUUGAGCUAGUAAAAAUUUGAAGCACUACACAUACUUGUAGGUGUUAAAAGUGCCCGGGUCAGACUUGACGCGUUGCUGAAAGAUCUCAUAAAGAAAACAGAGGAAAGGUGAAUUAUUUUUACUAGUUCUUUUACUAGAAUGCCUGCCAAGUAUGGCGAAGUUAAGCAAUUUGAAAGGAAGUAUAGAAUCAAUGUCUAAGACAUUACAGAAUACAGCACCAUUUUUAACCAUCCACCAAAUGAGCAGAUUUGUUUGGUUUUUUAUUCAUUAUUCCUCUUUUUUUCAUCCACUGCCAAGCAAAAGGAGCCACUAGAAAUAUGCUCCUUCAAAAGUGGCCUUGUAUUGUGUAGUUGUUCCAGAUCAAUAAUUACAAGUUGAGAAAUGAGAGUCACUUUUGCAAAGGAAAAUUACAGAGAUGCAAAUACACAUGAAGUUUGCAAUAUUAAGUUUGUUGUUUUAAUGGUUUACAGUGGUGAGGGUGAAACAAGCUCUACAACAGGAAGGUAAAAAUAUCUAUGUACAGUAUCCUAUUAUGUUUGAGUAUAGCCAUGUAAAUUAAUGUUUUUUUUGUUUGUUUGUUUUUCUGUUUUUGGUGUCUGUUAUUAUUUUGUUUUCUGGUUGAUUGAAUAAAUCACUGUCCACUCUCAAAUAUUGAUUAAAAUACAGGAAAUGGUUUGAACCCAGGGAUAAGAGUUGAGUGGAUAGUCUUAUGAUCCAUUUAAGAAUAUUCUUGAGAAGGACUGUUAUUGGUACAUUUGAACCUCAGUUAUCCAGACUCAUAAAUCACAGGAAUUGCUAAUUAAACAAAAAAUUGGGAAAAAGUUGUUUUUUCUUUGUUGUUUAAACAAUUGUUGUUUGCUCAAAUUUACAUGUUGGUUUGAUAUACAUGUAUUACUCUGUGUGUGUAACUGUCAGAGAGUGCAGAAUAAAUUUUCUGAGUGGUACAACAGUGUAAAAAUCAACAAAACUGACCAAUCAUGACCAACUUACACCACUUGAGUCUUAUAGCCAUCAACAUCACAACUUGACUGGGUAAUCAGAAUACAUAUACCAAACAUAUAACAACUCCUUGCUUAAAUCUGAUGAUGACUUUCACUCAGGUUGUUGACACAUCAGUCACCAUUACCAAUGACAGUCUUGCUCAAGGCUACCCUCACUUGAACAAUCUGACUUCACAAUCAGUUGAUCAAAAUAUUAUUAACUAAAAUUAAAUUAAUUUUCUUUACAGUUCUGCAGCUUUUCAAAUGCCACCGCCCUCAACACCAACCAAGAGGUUUGAAUGAAUUGUUGUUGUUAGCAGUUGGACACAGUUACAUUAAUUUUAUGAGUUUUUUUAGGAGCCCUAAAGACCACCUUUAAAUGACCCAAGACCCUGUCAUAAAAUGAUAAUAAUUAUUAUUUUGUUAUUAUUAUCAUCAUUACCAUUAAUUAAUAUAUUUCACGUUUUUAGAUGUGCAUAUUUUUCCUCUCUGUACAACUGUUUAUAGCUGAGUGAUGUGUAUUGCCAGUGCUGUUAUUCAAUUUUUUCUUUCCCUGUUUCAUGUUAUGCAACACUUGCUCCAAUUAAAGAAGUGGUUCAGGUAAACAUCUUUUUUUAUAUUCAGAUAUUUAAUGGCUGCUUGGGAAGUAUUGGUCUAUUCACAAAGGUUUAUAAAGUUCUCAGUUAGUUUCUGGCUGCAGAAUGACUUCCUAAUGAGUUGUUCUGUAAACAUCUGAACAUGUCUUCCAUCUUCUGUUAUAGGAAAAACACCAAGGAAAAGACGCAAAAAAGAUGUGGGGUAUGAUGGUAAGUAUAACAAAAAUGGCAUUUUUGUGAACCAGUGAUUUAGUUGUGACAAAUUCAUGGCAAAUUUUUUUGUAUUUAUAGAUUAUAUUGCUAUGAUGUUACCGUAGUUUGUCAUAUUUUGUUGAGGGGCCUGAGAUUUUAGGUAACUUUACAUACAAAUUAUUUUCCCUCAUUUCUGUUAAGUGUGAUCACAAAUAUUUUCAAUUUGUCUUCCUUUGCAGAUGCAGAUGGAAGUAGUCAGAACCGUAUGUACUUUUUUUCAAGAAAUAUUGCUGUUAUCAUUGAUUUUGUGGCAUGCUUAAUGGUUUUCUUUACCCAAUGAAUUUAAUAAUUUUAUGAUUGGCUGCCUUGAAAAAUGUCUGAUUCUGCUUUCUAUUUGUUUGUUUUUGGUCUUGAUCAUGACUUUUGGUGGGGAUACUUGUCACCUUAGCAAGGUAAGAUUUAUCUGAGUGCCUUUGCACAAAGAUUUGCUUAGUACAAUGCUUUACUAAAUUGAAAUGUGUUUCAGUGACCGUGCUACUUACAGUUUUGGAUCAAAUCUAUCUAACGUUUCCCUUUAACCCUUAUGUAACCUUCUAGGAUCUUCAAUGGUUUUACCGAGUUUGACAGUUAUCAAAUGUCAGUGUCAGUUAGAUACUGGGUAUUUGCAAUUAAGUCAUUUCAUUAAAUCUUCAGGGUGUUUAUAGGGCAAAAGACGGUGUAUAAUACCUCUCCUUCAAACCAAUUUCUUUGGUUAAAUUUUGAUGACCUGCAAUGCUUUUUAUUCAGAAAGCAUAAAUGUAUUUUCUUGUUACUUCACACUGUUUUUCAGCGGCUGCUUUAAAUUUUCAAAGGAGAAUCCCAAAUCUCUGCUCUGCUUUUGAGGUUACUGUUGUAAAACUUUGGAAUGUUUUGUUCCCCCUUGGCUUUUUACCUUUGUAGCUUUGUCAUGAAGCUGUUUGAUCGCAGUGUGGAUUUUGCCCAAUUCAAUGAAGACACAACCUUGUAUGCCCUGGCUAGAGCCUGGAUGCAGAACAAGCCUUAUGGAACCAAGCCAUCUGAUUCUCAAGAGGGCAACCAAGAUGGUGAAUCUCCAACAAGCAGCCAGGAGAGUGUCAUGUCUUCUUUGUCCCAUAGUGUAAGUAGAAAGAAAAAAAAAUGAAAAAGCACUGCUACUCUGCUUUCUCAAGUUUAAACUGCUGUGUAUUCCAUUACACAGAUGUAAAUCUCUGAUUGUUUUGAAUUUCUUCUUACAGAAUGGUGACAGUGAUCCUAAGAAUGUUUACAGGUAACUAAGAAAGAAAAUGCUUGUAGCUAGUCUCAGAUCAGAUAAUGAUUAAGGCAAAUCCCUCACCAAACAUUUAUUAUAUUAGAAAUCCAUAGGGCCAAACUCAGGUAUGAGGGCUUUUUGUUUUAUGAGGGUGUUUGCUAUGUUAUAUUAAUCUCUUUUCUCUCUAUAAAGUUUUCCAGAUCCAGUGAAAUCAAUUGAAGACUUUAAGAUGAACAGUACUCUUUCAAAAGGAACACUUUCACUAGAUAUUCAUUAUGUAAGUAGAUAUUUUAUGUCUUAGAAUUCCUAACUUGUGUAGCUGGCCUUAAACUUUUUAUGGAAAAAAAGUCCAAUUGCAGGCCUUAAACUUUUUUUUAAAAAUAAACUCCAAUUGCUCUGACAAAGGGCUAACACUUGAAACGCCAGCUUUAUUACCCUUUAUGGUGGCCAAUCACAUUUUCAACUCAGUUGUUAACACUAAAUUACAUCUGCUAUACUCUCUCACCAAUGCAGCACCACGGUUUCUCUAGAAACUUACCCCCCUUAAACUUUCUAGUUUGCUCUCUGUUACAGAGAAAGGUAAAGCUAAACCAAAACCAUCUUUUAUUACUUGAUUUUUGCGAGUUAAUUAGCAAUCUUUAACCAAUAAUCUUCUAGGAUAUUGAUAAAGCUCCACCAGUGAGUGAUCUUAAAAGAAAUCACAUGGACAGGUGGAAGAAAGUCAAAUCCCAGUGAGUAAUAAAUGUCAACUUUGUUCACAAGAAAUCAUCCAUGGCCCCUUAGCUUCCAACUGGGUCUUGGGCCUCAGUGCAGUUUUAACCCUUUAACUCCCAAAAUCUCAUCAGUAAUUCUCCCUACUGUCUGUCAUACAGUUCUUGUGAUGUUAGUUUGGAGAAUUUGGUAUUGGAUCAAGUAAUAGUCCCCUAAUUAAUAUUUUUCUUUAUUCUCAUCACUUGUCUGCUUGAUAUUGUACUGAUAUUUUAAGGAGAAGUUCUGUCUUGGUCAGUCAUGAGAGUUAAAGGGUUAAACUUGUCUAUUCUGGGAUCACUGUACAUUAAUCAGCUAAUUUUUUAUUUAUUUAUCUCAAUGGUAUAUCUUGGUAUGAAUGAUUUUUCUAAGAUUUUUGGACUUGUGUUAAUUUUUUUGUCUGUGAUCAAGGAUUUUGAAAAUGUAAGCUUUAAUUUCUAUUUUGCUAUUUCUGUUGCAGUUGGAAAGAUAGCUCGUUUAAAAGACAAGCCUGCUAUGCACCAAGUAUAAAAAAGAUACGAGAACUCUUUGAGCAUCAAUAGUCAAGAGAAUAACAAUCUUUAGAUUGUCUGAAUUUAAUGGCUUUUUUUUUGAAGAGUUCUUUUUAAUGUGCAAUGUAAAUGGGUAUAAAAAUAUACAGUGCACCACUGUUAGGUUGUACAUCUGUAUGUAUCAUCUUGUAUUAUACAUGGUCAUGUAGACUGCAGUCAUUCGGAACUUAAAGAACAGGAAGGUAAUGUGGAAAAAGCUUUAGAUUCAUCAGAAAUUAUGAACAAUAGCUGUAUAGGUUACAUGUAAGGCCUUGGUUUUUUCAUGUCUGAGAUAAGACAUAAUUCAUAAUUAUGAGAAGUUUGACAGAAGGAGCAUUUUAGCAUCAGAGACGGGAGAAUUCUCCAGGUACUACUUGGAAUUUCCUAGCUAGAUCCUAAUCCUUUGACCCCAAAGUGUGACUAGCAUCUAAUUUUUCUUGUAAAAUAUUAUGGAAUCACACCGGUUAGAAUAAAGGAAAUGAUCAUAAAUUCAGAACAAUCUUGAUUGCUAGACAAAUUUUUCUUGUAAGCUCUGUGAAGAGUUACCUACACAAAUCCAUGCUAAAAGCUUUCAGAAACAGUAAACAAGUUAGAGCAUUUUAUACUGACUUGUCACUGCUCAAGGAAGUUUAUGUUAUGUUUUGCAAGCAUUUUAUUUUAAUGUAAGAUACUGAUCUUUAAGAUGCUCUGAAGUCAUAAUUUUGUAAACUACAACAAGCUGCCUCAUAAAAUGAUAACCAAACCAGGAAGCAUGGAAUAGACUUCUUAAAACUAGUAAUAGAUUUAGUUUAACUGUCUUUCAUCUCGCAAUGCUCUAUUUUCUUAUAAUAAAAAAAAAUUUACAAUAAUUCGCAAUAAAGUUGUUAAUGAAUAAUAUAUUAAAACUAGUAAUAACCAUG